AUGCUUUGGUCCCGAAUCCGAUGCCUUCAUGCACCAUAUCGCUUUUUGCCAAGAUGUAACUCGACGUUUGCUCCCGCUCAUAACACCCGACCGUUUGACAUCGUCUUCUUCGGCCGCGACGAGUUCUCGUGCACAGUCUUGUCACAGCUUCAUGCUGCCCUGGAUGUAUGGGAAAACAUCUCAAUCGUGACGAACCCGGACUCGAACACAGGGAGGAGAGGCUCUAUCGUGUCGGUAUCACCCUUGAAACUCCUCGCUGAAUCGCUGUCACGUCCUGUGCACACCAUCCCGCACUCCAAGCCCGAAUUCAGAACGUGGCAGCUUCCACCACCCUUCUCCACAUACCAAAUACUUCCUUCUCCCAAUGCCUCCAGCUCAUCUACACCCCCGACAUCACCCGCACCGCAUCACCUUCUCAUUACGGCCUCCUUCGGACGCAUCCUCCCCGCUCCCCUCUUACGUGCCUUCGCACCCGGCCGCGCACUGAACGUACAUCCGUCGCUUCUCCCGCUAUACCGGGGCGCCUCGCCCAUCCAGUACACGCUCAUGAACGGCGACACGCGCGGAGGCGUAUCAAUUAUCGAUAUGAUGGAACGCAAGAAGGGGAUUGACGCAGGCGGAAUCUGGGCGCAGGAGGAGAUGGACGUGAAUCCAGAGUCGACAUUCCCAACUCUGCGCGACGACCUCGCUGAACGGGGCGGAAAGCUGCUCGUCAACGUUCUCAGGGGCAUGCUGGCUGGAACCGCCAAAUCCACCCCACAAGACCCAGAACUCUCCGCCUCCUCCCCACGCGCACCAAGCAUAACAGCACAAGACGCGCUCGUCGACUUCUCCCUCAUGUCGCGCGAUCAGAUCAUCCGCCUCGACCGCGCCAUAUCGCACCAGAAGCCGCUGACGGUGUACACGCCCUCUGGCCUCUCGCUGCAGCUCUCGGAGCUUCGCGGACACGACUCCGACAGGUAUGAUACGCUACAGACCCUGUCUUCGCCUGGUGUCGCCGCAUACGACCCGCACUCGCGCAGCGUGCUCGUGCGCUGCGCGGACGGCGCCAUUCUGGCCAUUGGCACGCUCAAGGAGCAGAACCGCCGUGCGGUCACAGCCAAAGUGUGGUGGAACGGCGUGCGAGGACGGGAGGUAGACUUUGUCGACGGUGGGGUGAUGCUGAGUCCAGCCCCACCUUCGAAUACUCGGUGA